CUUAACACGUCAAUCUAGAACGAUUAAUCGCCGAUAAAUUCCAUGCCAAUUAAAAUAUAUUAAUACCGCCCAACUAUUAGCCCUUGCGCGGGCGCCCCUAUAAUAAGACUCGCCAUUCAUUCACCAUUCACUCUUGCCAGCAAAAAGUGUUCAUUCAUUCGCAGGAGCCAGAAGAAAGUGUAAACGUUGCGAUUUUUAAUAAUAGCGGUAAUAACUAAGUUUGCGAUAUCCUAGGAAAAUGGAGGAGAUUAAAAAUAUGAAACUGCCCAAGGCGUUAGUUGAGGAGCUUCGCAAAGCGGAGCAGCGCUCGACCAUCUCCUGGGAGUCUAGCAACGAGGGGGUCCACGAGAGGGUCAAUUUCGAUGACACGAUCUGGGGUCUAAGCCUCGCUGGCGGCGCGUUUUAUAACACCCCUCUUCGAGUUACACAGGUGAAAGAAGGCAGCCGAGCCGAACACGCAGGCAUCAAAGUCGGUGACUACCUGACGAGUAUCAAUGACAUUGACAGCACCACGCUCACGAUACAGGAGGCUCAUGACAUGAUCCUUGAGUCGGGGCUGCAGAUUAAGUUCGCGCUGUCUGCGUAA